AUGAGCCACGCAAAUGACCGCAAAGGAAACUACUGGACCCUAGCCGCCGAUUGUACGCCAAUGUUUGAUAAUGGGAAUUAUAAGCGAAGAAGAAUCAAGCGCACUCCACCCUAUGCAGCUCGAUUUUCGUCUGUGGUUGAGAACAACCAGCUCUCAUAUCUCAGACAAUGGCAGCUUUCACGCAUGCAUGGAGCCGCUGCGUUAGAUCCAAUGCACAUGAUGCUAAUGGGAGGGAGUCUACCGUACCAGAUGCCAGCAGAUUUGGCAGUUGGCAUGUCAUCAUUCGAUCAAUCUGGCACAACACUAGCUACACAACCUCUCCCAUCAUAUAAUAGUGCAUUCUUUCCAGCAAGCACAAGUGGAAUAUUGACUCAGGUAAAAUGAAC